UAAUAAUAAUAAUAAUGAGAAAAUAUAUUUCUUAUCCAGCAAGCCAAUUCCAAUUGGCAAAAUAUAUAUAAUAAAAUCCACGCAACUAUACAUCAGAAGUUUCACCAACUCGUUUUCACGCAAAAAGCGGCUUACAGGUACGCUUGAGAAUUAGGCCUCUUCCCAAAUCAAUCUCUCUCCGAUCCCAUUGUUUGUCUUUUGAAUCAUUCAUUUCUACCUCCUUUUAUCAAGCGCUACCAGUUAGGGUUUGGGUUUUCUCCUUUGGAUUUUGCGCGGCUCACUGGAACGCGCCUUUCUCAAUAACCUAUGGAGUCUACUCUGGUGAUCAAGGUUAGCUAUGGUGAUACACUUAGGCGUUUCAAUGCUCGUAUUGAUGAGAAUGGACAGCUUGAUCUGGACAUGAAUGGACUAAGGGCAAAAAUCAUUGGUCUCUUAAAUUUCCCUCUUGAUGCUGAUCUUACUCUGACUUAUGUUGAUGAAGAUGGUGAUGUUGUUACACUUGUUGAUGAUGAUGAUCUGCUUGAUGUGAUGAAACAAAGCCUGAAAUUCUUGAGGGUUAAUGUACAGCUCAACAAUGAUAAAUAUGGUAAAUCUUAUGCUAAAUCCAGUGGUAGUUCUACCCCCAAGAGAUCUCCUCGAGUCCAGUGCCCAUUGCCAAACAUCAACAUUGGUGCCGCUGAUAUGCUGAAAUCUGUGCCUGAGCCAUUACGUGAGGCUUUGUGUGAGUUGCUUUCAAAAAUAUCCCUUGACUUGACUUCAAAAAUAGUUGCUCCCAAUCCUGUCUGCGCUGAGAUUGUUGACUGCUUGUCAAAAAUGGGACAAACCAUCCUAAAUCCACCUCAGCAGUUUCAAGCUGGCGCAAGUUCAAGCAACCAAACAGGGGCUACAGAACACCCAAUGGCUUCAGUAGUGCCUGGUGAGGCAAGUGCUACCAAUGAUGAACCUAGCCGAGAGGUGAGGAUUGCAAAUGUGACUAGAACUGCGGGUGUGCCUGCUCCUGUUGAUUUGAAUCUGGAUCCUCCUUGUGAUUCCAAUCCAUCUGGAUGUGCAAAUGCAAUCUCUGCACCAACACCUCAUCUUGAUGACAAGAAAGAAACUAAGAAACAGAAUGCUGGUCAGCCAAGUGACAAAUCUGUUGCUAUUGGUGCAUCCUCUAGCUCUACUCAUUCAGCUUUAGCAAGGUCACUUGGUAAUGAAUGUCCAUUUAGUGGAAUGCCUGUGGUAAAUGACUCAUCUGUUCCUCCCUUUAUACUGCAUCGAAUUAGUUCAUCUAGGAGGAGCAAUGGUCGCAAUGAUGCCAUGGUUGGCAUGUUCCAUAGAGGUGUCCAGUGUGAUGGUUGUGGGGUUCAUCCCAUUACUGGACCUCGGUACAAGUCCAAAGUAAGAGAGGAUUAUGAUCUUUGCAGCAUCUGCUUUGCAGAAAUGGGUAAUGAAGCUGAUUACGUAAAGAUGGACAGGCCAGCGUUUUAUCGACAUCCACGGUCAUUCAGGGGGUUACAUGAUCCUGCACAGAAUUACUGGGUUGGGCCCCCAUCACCAUCACCUGUCACGAGACAUUGUGGAAUAAAGCCAGUUCGAGCCAAGUUGGACAGCCGCUUCAUUUUGGAUGUGAAUUUAUUGGAUGGCACGAUGAUGGCUCCAUCCACUCCAUUUACCAAGAUUUGGCGGAUGCGUAAUAGUGGCAGCAUUGUGUGGCCUCAGGGAGUACAGCUUGUGUGGAUUGGGGGAGACAGAUUCAGCCAUGCAGAUUCUGUUGAGUUGGAGAUUCCUGCUGAUGGUGUGCCUGUGGAUGGGGAACUUGACAUUGCAGUUGAUUUUACUUCUCCUGAAUUACCUGGUCGAUAUAUUUCAUACUGGAGGAUGGCAUCCCCAUCAGGCACAAAAUUUGGUCAACGUGUUUGGGUUCUUAUCCAGGUUGACAAUUCCAUGAAAGACUCGGUUAAUGGAGUUAGAGGUUUGAACUUGAAUUUACCCCCUGACUGUGCUGGCUCCAAAAGCCCUCAAAUAAUAGAUGUGAAUCUGCAGCCUGCAAUGGAUAGUAGUUUUCUGGAGCCUUGCAAUUCUACCUCAGUUCCAGUGCCCAUGGUUGAUGUUGGGCAGACUAAGAAGGACCAGGAGCUGAAUUUCCCUAUAAAUGAUACAUUGUUAGUUGGUGAUGGUGUUUCCACACCUGCUCCUAAUCAGGUCCCCUCUUCUGUGUCAUAUCCUAUUAUAGACUUGUCUGAAGUAGCCCCUGUUGGACCCACAGAAGCCCUUCCUGCUAUGGAUGUCCCAGCUUCAUCUGAGGAGGUCAUUGUAAAUGAUGCUGUUGAGAUGUCUCUUCUUAAGGAACUUGAGGAGAUGGGCUUUAAGCAGAUUGAUUUGAACAAGGAGAUCUUGAGGAUGAAUGAGUACAACUUGGAACAGUCAGUGGAUGAUCUCUGUGGUGUUUCUGAUUGGGAUCCAAUUCUUGAUGAGUUGCAGGAGAUGGGCUUUUCUAACAAGGAAAUGAACAGGAAGCUGCUGAAGAAGAACAAUGGGAGUAUCAAGCGUGUAGUGAUGGAUCUGCUUACUGGGGAGAAAGCUUAAUACGAUACUCCUAAUCUCAGGGUCGAUAUACUAAUGGAUAUCAGAAAUAAAUGUAGUUAUAAUUAUGUGGAUGCAACUCGUUAAAUGUUCAGGCUUUUUAUGGAUUCUCUAAAAAUUGCUCAGGAUGAUGAGCAAUUCAGACCUUUUAGUAGUGGACGGAAUUCUGGCUGAACAUAUUUUAUGCUAUGCAGAAUGUGGAUAAAUAUGUUUAGAACUUGUUUAUUUA